AUGAGCUCCGCCUUCUCCACACCAUCACCACCGGCACCGUCUGGCCUUCAGGAGCCGACGCUUCCAGACGCGCCAGAAGUCCAAAUGGAGGCCGAAGACACUGCUGACACUCCAGAAGUCGCUCCAGAAGCCCCAAUCCUCGCUCCAGAAGCCUCGGAUGCUUCUAUGGCUUCUCCAGAUGCUUCCCAAUCUUCGGAUGACGACGCUCCAGGAACGUCUUCUUCUUCGGAAGCAGCACCGACAACUAGCGGAGGGCACUCGGGGGUCAUGGAUAUGGCGACGUUUUUUAGACUGGAACUGGAAAAUCGGAAACCAGCUCUCCAGGAGGCGAAGGCACCAAGAAGGCUCGUCUGA